AUGAAUGGAUUACCACAAAAAAAGUUGACAAAAUUAGAAAAACUCCAAUAAUUUAUAAGUAAUACAUAUUAAUCUGAGUACAUCAUCAUUAUAGCUGUUAAACCAGCAUAUAAUUUAUCGCACAAAAAAAAUAGAUAUUUAAUGAUUAAAAUUGAAGAUAUAACAAUAUUCAUCUAUCAAGCAAAACCCGUUGAUUAUUUUCAAUUUAGUCAAAUAAAACAAAUAUAGAAUAAGUUGCAAGGCAUAGCAAAGGAAAACAACGUUUCAGAAUCAAUAUUGGUUUCAUAAAAGAAUAUAUCAGAAGAAGAAAUGGAGAGUUUGUAAAAGGUGAAGCAAUGCAUAAAUGACAUUAUCAUAUUAGAUUAUGAGAAUUGGGAAACUGAUUUAGUGGUUGCUGCAAAGGGCAAAUUGCAUUAAUUAUUUCAAACAGGGUUUUGGCAUAUAUUUUGUGCUAAAAGAAUCACCACAAUGGUAGAUUCAAAAACCAAUGAGAGAUAUUUAGAAUACUAAUUUGAUAAAAAGAAUUCAUAAUACAAAUUAAUUGCUUUCCAGAAAAAAGGACCAAACUUCAAUUUAUUAGAAAAAGUAAAGCUAAAGGUUAGGGAAAUCAUAAGUUUUACAGUUUUGUUUAUAUUUUUUGUGACUCUUACUACAUGUAAGGAUGAGACAUCUGGAAAAUAAUACAAAUAUCAAAUUUAGGAAUAGUUUUGCUCACAUCGAUAAGAAGUUAUAGGCUUUUGUGCAAUAGUAUUAUUUGGUCUUGUUGCUUAAAGGAUGAUAGGUAAAAGAAAUCAAAAGAAAAAUAAAAAGCAGUGA